CUCAAAGAAACCUGAUUUCAACAUAAUAGAGAGGUUCAGCAGUGAUAAAACCCCUCGGAGAGGCUGCAUCCUUCCUCUGUUAGAGCUUCAUCUCUCUAGGCCAACGAUUCUGUCCUUGGGUCUCGCACCAACACCCUUUCACCCUUCCAUAUUAGAUUUAGGAUUGUGUGCUCUUUUACUGUCACACACAUCUUAAAGAUCAGUAGCUCUUCUUUGUGCUGUUCAAUCAGCAAAGAAACAUGUGACUCAGAUAAGCAUAUCAUUAAUAAAACACACCAUAGCAUAUGAAUUUCUUCCACAGUGUGCUCGUGGAGUUUUGUAGUAAAUAAUCAAAGUCACAUUACUCUGCUAAAGCUGUGCAGUAAAAGCCUGAAGACACACGUCUGAAUGGAGAGUGAGUUCAGCAGUUAGGGUAUGCAGGGCGUUGUCAAGAGGGAGACAGUGAAAGUGAAACCGAAGCAGGAUGCUCCCCUUUCGAUCUUUACGAACUCUCCUAUCAACAUUUUGUUAAUAUCAUAUAACCAUAUCAGUAAUUUAUUCAGAAACUCCUGUGAACACACCGCUGCUCAGUUGAAGUUAAAACCAACCGAAAAGCACAUUUACCUGAAUAAGUGUGUCUUGCAUGAGUGUGACUUGAGAUCAGAUGAGUUUAACCGGUUAGGUAGGUCUUUAAAUGAUGCUAAACCAUAUAAAUACAUUUAAAAAAGGAUAAAGUCAAAUAAUGCUACAUAUACGUUGCUUUCGCUGGACUAACUUAAACAGUUGAUUGUAGAUGUGUAGCCUAUGUAAAAUGUAUUCAGAGCCAACACAUGCAUGCUAACACACGAGUUGCCUGCUUAUUAUAAUGUUUUCUUUUCAUAUUUUCAGCGUUCUUUAGAGAUGAAGUUAAUUUUUUUGACUCUGCUGAUUGUGAGUGGAAUUGCAGAUUCAAUAUCAGAGCAGUAUGAAGUAGUUGGACCUGCCGAUGCUGUAUAUGCUGUAGCUGGUGAAGAUGUGAUUCUGCCCUGUUCAGUCAAACCUAACAUCAGUGUUGUGGACAUGAGAGUGGAGUGGUUUAGACUUGAUCUGAAAGACUCACAACUAGUGCAUCUCUACGAGGAUCAUGAAGACAGAAACACAGACCAGAUUCAGGCCUACAGCGGGAGAACAAAACUGAUUCAUCAAGAACUACAGCGAGGAGAUGCUUCACUCAAACUCUCAUCAGUCCAAGUCUCUGAUGGAGGACUUUAUAAGUGUUUUAUUCAGUCCAGAUCCUGGUACGAUGACGCCACUGUUAAUGUCACAGUUGAAGCUAUAGGACAUCCUCCAGUGAUCACUGUAGAUGGGUUUGAUCAUUCAGGAGGGAUUCAUCUACAGUGUGAAUCUAAAGGUUGGUAUCCUGAACCUGAUCUUGAGUGGCUGGACAGUGAAGGAGUCAGUCUGAGUCCAGAAACUACGAAGAAACACAGAAACAGAGACAGAUUCAGUGUGAAACACACCAUCACUGUACAUCACAGAGACAGCAAGAUUCACUGCAGAGUCAAACUGAGACGACACAUGCUGGAGGCACUGAUUAUCAUCUCAAGUAAUAUGUUUAAUCCUUGGAGGAAAUCAGUCAUCCUGAUUUUAUUUGUAGUUGUGCUCAGUGUCAUUCCUGGAAUACUGAUAGCUGUGUUUGUCCUUAAAAAUAGAGCACACGGUCGACUAGAGAAGGAGAAGAGAAGACUAAUGCAGGCACACAAUCGACUACAGGAUGAACAUAGUCAUCUACAGGAUGAGAAGAGAAGAAUACAACAUGAAUGUGAUCAACAUUUACGAAGUCUGGAGACAAUUAUACCAAAAGCUCUCAUGCAUUUCAGAACUCACUCGGUGAAUGUAAUUCUGGAUGCUGACACGGCUCAUCCACGUCUCAUCGUGUCUGAUGAUGGGAAACAAGUGAGGGAAGGAAAGACACGACGUGAAGGAGUGGAUGGGGGAAAAGACAGAUUUAAUGAUUACCGUGCUGUUCUUGGGAAGGAUGGCUUCACCUCAGGGUGUUUUUACUUUGAGGUGCAGGUGAAGGAUCAAACUAAGUGGUAUUUAGGAGUGGCCAGAGAAUCUGUUAUUGGGAAGGGCUUGAUCCCUCUGAGCUCUAUGAAUGGAUACUGGACUGUGAGUCUGUAUAAUGAGAAGUAUCGGGCUCGUGAGUCUUCAAAUGUCCUUCUUUCUCUGAGUGUAGAUCCUCAGAGGGUCGGUGUGUUUGUGGAUUAUAAGGAGGGUCUCGUCUCUUUUUAUGACGUGGAGUCCAUGUCUCAUAUCUACUCUUUCACUAAUCAGUGUUUUAAUGAGAAACUCUAUCCAUUUGUUUGUUUGGGGUGUUAUUGGAAUAAAAACUCUACACCAUUGAUCAUCUGUGAUGAUUACUAAUGAGAUCAGUGAAUGAAUUUACAUGAUCAUGCACAAUAACUAUUUAAUAAUAAAUAUUUACUACCAGUCAAAAUUUUGAAAAUAUGGUCUCAUUUAAAGUCUUCUAAAUGACUGAAAUGACUUUUUAAAUGAAUAUAAACUAGACGACUAAAGUUUGUGAACAAACUUUGAGGCUGGCUUGAGAAUGCCUGACCUGUCUGAAGUGGAUUUAAAAGCUUGCAGGUUGAAGGAGUUUAAACUAGUUUGAAGUUUUAAGUAGUUUUAAAGAUUAAAGUCUAAAUGUUUUGAAGGUGAUACAGUCUAUUAGAAAAACAUAUAGUUGACUAGGAUGUUGCUAUGCAGUUGCUAAGGUACCUGGGGUGGUGGAUAGGGUGUUACUAUGUGGUUGCUAGUGUACCCGUGUCGGUUGCUAGGGUACAUGGGGUGGUUGCUAUCGUGUUGCUCGAGUACUUGGGGUGGUUGCUAGGUUGGUUUGGAUGGAUACUAGAGUGUUGCUAUGAAGUUGCCUGUAGCACCACAUUGCUAGCAUGUUUUAGACAGAUAUACUGUAGAUUAAUAGACAGAUUAUUACGUACAAGGGCAGCUUGAUUGAGUCUCAAGGGAUUCUGGGAGUUUAAGUUUGAAUUCUGACAGCUGGAGUUUGAAUAGUCUUGGCUCAUUUGAACGUAACGUCAAUGUAUUGGAUGUUGGUAGUUUGGUGGUUGUAGAGUUAAAGCUGUAGGAGGAGUUAGAGUUGAUCAUUUUAGGACCCGUUUACACUAGUUUUAAAACGGCGUUUUAGAAUGAAAAGAUCCCCGUUUACACUGGCGUUUCAGAAACGAUCUCCGUAUACACUACACAACCGAAAACGCAUGUCACAUGACCAUUCAUGCAGGUACAACCAUAUGAAUAGGUAGAUCCCUAUUAUUUAGAUGGUGGACGCAUCUGCGUGCUUUGAGCAGUCGAAUGGGGAAUCUACCCGUACAUAUCUAUGGGUACAACAACGAGCAUGAUGUUAUUGUUUACACGGCCGUCAAGGAUACGCAGAGCUAAUGUGGGCAGCCACGCCAUCGUUUUCAAAAGUCUCCAUUUUGGUCCGUUUACACUGAAACGCAACCCCGGAGUUUUCAAACUAAAAUAGGGUCUGCAGCGUUUUCAAAAGUCUCCGUUUUCGAGGGUCAAAAACACCAGAGCAGAGUAAACGACAGGCGUAACUGUAGCAAACAUUAUGCAUUUUCCAACCCUGUUUUAAUUUUCAUUUUGUUUUCUGUUCUUGUUCUUUAUCUGAGCUUUUUUUCUGUUCUAUACAACAUUGAUUUUUUUACUGCCAAGCUCCUAAAAGGACUGUUACAGUUUUGUGUACCUUGUGUUUUUUUGUUAUUUGGACUUUUAGGUUGCAUUCUGCCCUGUUUUGUUCCUGUUUCCUGUUCUGUUUGUAGUUUUUCUUGUUGAUUAGUUCCCUGAUUGUUUUCAGGUGUGUCUUGUUAGUCUGUUAGCUCUUGUGUAUUUAAACUCCAGUGUUCCUGUUUCCUAUGGUCUUGUUGGAUGUGUUGUUGGUUUUGUCAGUUCUGCAUCUGUGUUUCUUGGUUUUGACUCCUUGUUCUUGGAUUAUUGUUUGUGUAAUAAAUGCUGCAUUUUAGUGAUGGUGAAGUGAAGUGUUCUGAACCAGCGACGCUUUCAACACAAUUGUAUCAGAAAAAGGAUCAUUACUCAAAGCUUUUUAACACGGUUAACUGUAUCCAUCUAGUGGUCAUAAAAAUGAAUAGCACCUUCCAAAGUGCUGUAUUCAAUUACAACGGUGGUGUCACAUCUGGUUCUACAACUGAUUCUUUGUUUUAUAUUUUUUUGUGUAUAAAUAAUGGUCAUUGUCAAGUCAUUCAUUUCAGUCGGUGUACUGGC